AUGCCUUCCCCUUCCCCAAAGGGCACCCGCCUGACCGUGUCCUACUGCCGGAGCAGCGGCCCCGGCGGGCAGCGCGUUAACAAAGUGAAUACCAAGGCAGAAGUUCGGUUCCACCUGGCGUCAGCAGACUGGAUCCCAGAAGCUGCAAGACAAAAAAUGGCAUCGAUGCACAGGAAUAAGAUAAACCGAGCAGGUGAGCUGAUUGUGAACUCUGAAGAGAGUCGCUACCAAAUGAGGAAUCUGGCGAUUUGUUUAGAAAAAAUCAGAACCAUGGUCACGGAGGCCACUGAGAAGCCCAAGGUGGUGUCUAAGGAGACUACACAGAAACUCAUAGAGAGGGUGGAAAAAAUGAAUCGUGAACGACUGCGGCAGAAAAAGAUACACUCAGAUAUAAAACAGAGCAGGAAGGCAGACUUUGACUGAGAACAGCAGAGACCAAAGUCCUUGGCAUACCGUCCUUUUAAAGAAAUGGUGUUGGCAGCCGUAGAUGAUGCUAAACUCGAUGACCUAUAUUGAAUAAAAAUGGUCUAAAAGU